AUGACGACUGUAGUAACGAAUUCAAAUUCAGAAGUAUCAACACCAACAAGUUAUGUAUCACGUUGGAUUGCUCAAAGUCAUGGGAAAUAUCACAAGAAGCCUGAUGAUUAUUAUUCUUCAACAUGUGAUUGUCAAAUAUCAUCAAGUACGACAAUGGUGCCCAUCAUGCAAGUACCAACAAAUUCAAAUUUUAGUCCUCCAAUAACAACAUGGCAUGCACAAGCUCAGUCACGCUUACAGAACACAGCUACUACAAUGUUUUCAAAUUCAUCGUUCAAUUUAACACAAAAUAUUAACAAUAAUGAAUUACAAGAAAAAUUAAAUCGUGUCAGAGCUUUGCUUGAUGCUAAAAAGCAACGUUUAUGUCUUCAUAUAUCGUCCGCGCCAAGUUCACAUUCAAUUACAACUAUUCCUCUUGUUACACAUUCUUUACAAAAUCAAGUGCAUCCUAAUUCUACAACAACAGUAGGAGAUCAAUUAUCAUCUCCUCCUUUGUUGCCUUCAUCUUCAUCUUUAGCACUUGAGAAUGUUUAUCAUACGCACGACGAAUCUUUAUCGUCGUCAGAUUCACAGUAUGCUUUUAAUACUUGUCAUCAUCAUCAUCAUCAUCAUCAUGAUAAUAAUAAUAAUAAUAAUAAUAAUAAUAAUAAUAAUAAUAAUAAUAAUAAUAAUAAUAAUAAUAAUAAUCAUUUAUUACCAUCAAUUUUACCGUGUCUUAUGGAAGAAUCACCAAGUGAUUCUGGUUUAAGCGAUGGAACAAAAACAACCAAUCAAGAUGAUAUUAAUGAAGCAACAAGUAAAAAUGCAGCUAUUAUAGAUUUAAGUAAACCAUUGAGUAAAGAAGAAAUGCUUGCUAUUAUGCAAAUCAUACGAGAACUAUGGAAAAAACAAUUCGAUUGUGAAAUGCCGACAACAGAAAUAAAACCAACAGCACCAAUAACAUCCUUUAAACGCAUAGGAGAACUAGCAAAGCAAUCAAAUAAUAAUAAUAAAAUACAAUAUCAUUCGACGCCUUCAUUAAAUAAAUUGAGUGCAGAUUUAAAUGAUAUUAAAGAUAAAUUAAAAAGAUUCUCAAUCGAGCAUCAACAACCGUUGACAGAUCACAAAUCAACUGAAUUAGAAAAUAAUCUAUUUGAAAUUGAUGAUCAUCCUUACUUUGAAGAUUCUCGUUUUUUUCCAUUUGAUACAUUAUCAACACCACAAGAGCUCGAACAAAUUCAAGCAAAAAAAGAUGCUCUUAUUCAACGACAAAAUCAACGUCGUGAAGAACAAUUGAUUAAAAAACAAGCACGACAAGUAGAAGCAACUGAAAAUUGCAAUGAAUAUCGUUUAUUUGAAGAAUAUUUAAUUCAACGACGACAAGAAGAUGAACGACGUCGUACAAAUAUUUUGCAAGCACAUAUGGAACAAAAACGUCUUGAGACUGAUCCAUUGUCAUCACAUGAUUAUUAUUUUGCUGCAGCUCGUCAACGAGAACGUUUGAAAAGAAAACCUUCUAUGUCAUCAUUUCGUUCAUUUGACGAUGAUCUUAGUUAUAGUAGUUCAUCAAAUUUAAUGCAAACACCUAAACGUAAUACAACACGCUUUGAAUUAGUGUCAGCUAGUUUAACAGCGCCGACAACUGCAUCAAAAUCAAAAAUGAAUCGAGCUGCCAGUAUUUGUAAUAUAAAUAGACAAUAUGAUUCGUCUACAUCAUUAAAUUCAAAAGCAACAGUACCGACAAGUUUAUUUGGUGGAAGUCUAAUGAAUCUAUCAAAAGAACAAACGCCUGCAAGACAUUCAAUGCAUUUAGUGGAUGAUGCAUAUGAUGAUUCACAUUUUAGUGCGUCUAGGACAUCAUUAGCUACAUCUCUAACAGGAUCACGUCUUGCUCGAAGUCAAUCAUUACUAUCAACUAAAUCGAAUAAACAAACAAUACUUAAUUCACUUAAACAAGUUGUACUUGCUGGUUCAGCUAAUGACAAACAACGUGAAAUUAUCGUUCGAGAAAUUGAAUCGAAUGAAGCUCGUCAUUUUGUUCUUCUCUUUCGUGAUCAUCGACUUCAGUUACGUGCCGUUUAUAUCUAUAUACCAGAAACUGAUAUUAUUGAAAAAUUAUAUGGCAUUGGACCGAAUAUAAUUACAGAAGUUAUGGUGGAUAAAUGGUUUAAAUACAAUUCAGGAGGUAAACGCUUUACUAAUAUACCAAUAAAACAUUUUUCUAUUCAAUGUGAUGCAAUUACUAUUUACAAUGACUUUUGGCAGAAAAAAUUAUUUACAAAUAUAAACAAAAUACUUUAA